AAGCGUUACGUCAUUACGCCCCGCCCUUUUUCAAAUCACUCACGAACAUCAACAAGGAAACGUGUGUCUACUCAAACUAAAAUUCCUCAAAGGACUUUGACUAAUUUGAGUAGCUCAUCGAGCUUUCCUUUUCUGCUGUGGAGAUGUGUGGGCAGCACUGAAGAGUCCCCCCCGCUGCACGCGGCCCUACAGCUGCAACGCGGUAAAACUACAACACGUGGACCGAUCAAGUUACGAACCGGCAUUUCUACCAGCCCCCUUCUCCACAUCUCCGUCAGCGCCCAACGCAGCCAGCAACGCAGAUUAUGGACUACCUGCCGGAGGACAACUCCAGAUACAAAGACCUUGACUAUUGGGAUGAAAGAUACAAGACGGAGCAGUCUUACGACUGGCUGGGCAGCUUCUCCAAAUUCCAGCAUAUUCUGGAAAAACACAUCCUCAAAGAAGACUCCAUUCUCAUACUCGGUUGUGGAAACAGCAGUAUGAGCGGGGACAUGUACAGUGCCGGCUACCACUGCAUCACCAACAUAGACUACUCCUCGGUGUGCAUCGGGGCGAUGGCCGACAGGUACAGCGACUGCGUGGGGAUGACAUGGCAUCAGAUGGACGUGCGCCAUCUCUCCUUUCCCGAUGCGUCCUUUGACGUCAUUAUAGAGAAGGCCACGCUGGAUGCCAUCAUGGUGGAGGAGAAGACUCCUUGGGAGGUGUCUCCUCAAGCUGAUGGUUUCAUUCACCAAGCACUCACAGAGGUCAGACGCUGCUUGAAGCCCGGAGGACGGUUCAUCUCCGUGACCUUUGCCUCGCCCCUCUUCAGGAAACGCCUCUAUGCGCGCACAGAGUACAACUGGUCGAUCCGGAAGUACGGUUAUGGAGAAGGCUUUGAAUAUUUUGUGUAUGUAAUGACUAAAGGGGAGGCGCUAAGCCCAGAAGAUGCAGCAGUGGAGAAAAGGCUACUGGAGGACACCAAAUCCCCACCUACCACCAACGCCACAAUGCAAAGCGAAGAUGAGGAAACCUUCCUGUUGAAUAUUGGAUUCUAAGGACUCGAUACUGCGACACGCAAACUUCUCCACGCUCGAAAGUACAACAGAAACUGCCUUUGCGUUUUUACCUUACAGUUGUGUAGUUUUGUAAGAAUCAACUGUAUUUUAAGUUGGGGUUGAUGUUGGGCAUAUGUGUUCAUAUAGACAUCCAUAGGGAAGGAUUUUAGCACAUUUUAAAGCAAAAUUUAAACCACGAGGUACACUCAAUACAAAUAGAAUAUGUUAUAUAAUAUCAUUUUCUCACUAAAUAGUGGCCAAAUAUCGAUUCAAAUCCAGGUGGUUAUUUAUUUAGACAAAAUUGACAACAUUUACAUGUAGAGGAGAAAAAUAAAAGGAUUUGGCUAAUCAAAACUUACCCUAAAUAAACACUUCUUGUUGUACAAGAAACCCAAGAAAAAUACCUAAUUCUCUUUUCCCAGCUUUAACCAAAAAGUCUCCCAACAUUUAUAAAAAUAUAAUAGAUUACUGCCAGCAAUAUUUUAAUGAGAGAUCACAACGAACUAGCACAUUAUAUAAUGUCAACGUGAACAAAUGAACAAAUCUUCACUUUUAGUCAUAACUAAACCUAAAAUCAAUUUUCAAUAUGUUUUUAAUGAUUAUGUUGUUUAUUCAGUCAGUUUUUGAUCACUAUGAAGUCAUUUUGAAACUGUUUAACCAUGAAUCAUCAUGUUUCUGUAUGUUUUAUGUUGCUGCUUCUGUUGUAGUGCAGGUCAUUAUAGAAACUUUUAUCUUUUAAAAAUCAACGGCCCAGUGUUCUCCUUCGUUCGGCCCGUACAUCAUAGAUAUUCAACGGUCUCUGCUUUCAUGGUGCGGCACAAUUCUGAUCAUGUUGCAAAUUUUGCAAGACCAAACUGGCACGUCUAGACACAGUGAAUAACAGCAGGACUGACCUGCAUGUACAGUUGGUGUUAAAUUCUAUUUAUAUGCCAGUCGAAUUCUACCAUUCUGGGUUUGGGUCUGCAUCUGGGACCCGUGUCUGCUUCGGAUUCCAGUCCAAAGUGUUUUAAACAAGCCAGAUCAGACGAGCAGCAGCCCGGCCCGAGUGUUAUUUGUUGAGGAAACAUGAGACUUGCUCGGGUCUUGUGCUCUCUGCUGCUUAAAUUUAGACCUGAAAGAGAAAGCCAGGCAUGCAGACAGGCAGAAAGGCUGGUGACUGGAGGGGGGACCACAUUGAUAAAGUAGAAAUCAUUUAUUUUUAAUUCUCCACUGAGAUCUAAUUACUGCCUAUUUUUAAGACUUAGGAAAAAAAAAAGGUGCAUGAUUUUUUCAGAUGGCUCUUCUUUCUUGCCAUGACUUGUUGCUGAACUGUGACUGCAGUUUGCGGUUGACAAAAGGCAGGUAAUAGUAAGGUAAGACCUUCUAGAUGCUUUUGAUCACAUCCCGCCAUCUUCCUCAGCAGGCAAAGUUAGCCCAGUUGCCAUUUUAGUAACUGUUGACUAAACGCCCCCCUUAGUUACGGUUGCUACGCUCACGAGGUGUGUGUUAUCACGUGGCACAUAUGGGUUUUGUGGUGAGAUUGUUUUAUCAAGUACUGUUUUUAAAGUGAAGCAUGCAUUUUUAGUCUAAAUAUGUUGUGUUCUGCAAUAACAUCAACAUUUUCAGUUGUUUUAAUCUUAGUGUCUUUUAUACUAUAAGAAGAUUUCAAACUAACCACUGGGAUUGGAUAUUUUGUUGUGGACCACACUCACAAAUACACACUGCGAACACACUGUUGCAGACAGCGGUCUCAAUCUCAACCGCUCUGUAUCGACCCAAAACCCCACCCCCGUCGGCCUAUUAUCUGGUUUCCAUGGUGACAUUUGUGUCCAAUGUCCUGAUGACCUGACAAAGAAUCUUAUGUAAGUGGCUGUAGGUCUUAUAAUGACAAUGGAGACUUAAGGGCGCUGCGCAGCUACUUUGCAGCACGGGGACGUGCAACAUAUAAAGAUGGAUUAAGCUCUCAGUGUGAUUGGAUGAAGGUUGGAUGUUUUCCCUGCAACAUGUAAAGUGUGUUUUUUUUUCUGCUUCUCUUAAAAUACAAGUUAUACGUGUAGCGGGUGGAAAAUGAAAUUGGUUUUCCGCUCCCUUAGUUAGACUGACUGAUCUGCAGCGGCAGAGACCCCGACAGUGAGAUCUAACUAGACUGGACUUAAGUUACAUAACACAGAGCACGGAGCAGGCCGCACGCGGGGGAGCUUUGGCCAUUCUUUUCUAUUUAGCACAAACCUCUGUGUCUUAUUUGCGGAUUAUUUCGGGGUUUUUUUUUAGCUGACCACCCGAGUUACCCGGGUGUCUUGAGCUAUGAUUUAGCAUAGAGCACUGUGUGUGUGCUUAUGUGCGAGAGAGAUUGGGGAGGCAGCAUUUUCUCUCCUGCUGCUAAUUGUCCUCCAUGCUCUGUUGCCCAAGGGCAGCAAGAACGCUAAUCUACUGCAUGCUCAAUGGCUUCCUGUGUCUUUCUGUCUCUCUCUCGUUCUCUCACUCGUCUCAGCACCACCCUGCUCUCUCAGCCUGCAUCGAUUGGCCCUGAGUGCUUUGGUGUGUGGGUGUUGUGUGAGGGCUCAUGCAACUCAAUAGGACUACUGCAUGCUUUAAACAAACAUCUGUGGGUUUUAUCUGCCUCCCUGUAUUUGUUUGCGUUAAACUGUGUCACGACACAGCACCACUGACUUGUUUUGCCCUAUUGAACCGCAGGCGCACUCAAAGCAUCCUGUGAUUCUUGAAGGAAACUUUUGAUUUCCUCCAUCCAUGGUCCUAAUGUUGCGGUUUACGUUCUGUUCUACUAACAAAUGAAUGUAUUGACAUCUGAGAAAUGUAGAAAGAAAAGGCCCUUGCUCUUAGAGCCGGUGAGUGUGCCCCGAUGACUCGCUCAAGGUCACUCGCUCUGCACUGCGCUCCAACGGCGGUUACAGCCGCUCACGGCGACCCGUCUGAUCUCGUUUUGGCGGUGGCGUGGCACCGACCCUCCUGUUCCCUCUAGUAAACACUGUCGCCUCUGUCUUCUAUUGUUGUCCUUGUUACUGCUGCUCCGUUAGAUCCAAUAGCUGGCUCAGACGGUGCCAUGUUGAGACCCCUCAGAGGCAGUACGAGUGCCCUGAGGGGUCUCAGAGCUUGUGUACACCUAUGAAGCAAGCUGCUACAGCCCGGGGGAGAUAAGAUUGAGGAAUCGACAGCUAUCUUUCGUCAGUGGAAACCAUUCUGCAUCGGCUGUGGUGUGCACAUGGAAAACAAACUGCCUCUGCUUUAAACUGGUCUGUAUAUCUGCCCAAAUCCCUUGGGGCUACGUAAUGGCAUAAUAUACUGUAUGGCUGGCUUAUGUAACUGGAGGAGGAAUAUUAAUGGAUGUCCGCUCAGGAUGGGCCGAAAGUGGAAUCAGAUCAAAGCUCUUUGUUCUCACUGCACAUGCUCAGUUUGACCCUAGAGAGUUGCUUUGAGCUUUUGCGUGUUCAUUGUAUGUGAGAGAUAACAGUACAGCGGCGCUUAACUUUACAACUCGCUGCUUUAGCUUCUUCUUUGUUUUGCACAGAAACAUUCCAAUGUGUGUCAGCAGAUGUGUUGACACCAGCCCAUCCACCAGGUCAGGACAUAGGACUCAAGUCCUUGUGUUGCAUCUAUACCUCCAGCUCACAGUCCACUGACCUCUGACCCUGUGAAGUGCAAAACAAAGACUGAACUGUAAUUAGGGGGCCGUGUCUCAUUAGUUUUUCUCUGGAAUUUUCAGGUCAGAAAUUCUGCAUUAGAAUAAAAAAAAAAUGCUUUUGCAUGGAUGAUAUCCAACUAAAAGCUCUGUAGCCCACAAGUACUAAUUAAACUAUUAAAAAAAAGUAUUUUGGAAACGCCUGGGGGGGAAUUUCUUCCAUCAUGAUCACGGACAAUGGUCAAGGUGUCUCCGACU